GAGAGAGACUAGCGCAGCUUCGACUCUGACUCUUCUCUUCGUUUUCAUCGUCAGUCAAAUUGCGAACGUGUCCGCGCGCGCAACGUUCUAACGUUUUCUUUUUCUCUUCUUUCUUGCUUCUCUUCGCUAUACUUAAAUUUUCCUUUCGCUUCGCAUCGUGAUCACGAACACGCUCAUGCGAGUUCGUUUUCCAAAACGAAUAAAGAGACAAUAAAGAGAGAAAAAUAAAGAGAGAAAAAUAAAGAGAGAAAAAUAAAAAGAGAGAAACAGAGAGAGAAACAGAGAGAGAAAGAGAGAGAAAGAGAGAGAGUGAGAGAGGGAGAGAGAGAGAGUUGGAAAAUAGCCCAGGAAUAAAUAGCACAUCGGUAGCUAGCAGUAAUUUGGUAAUAUUAUAGUAGUAUAGUACUACCUCUCGCCUCUCUCAAAGUAGCAUUACGGAAAUAGACAUCUUUUGAAGAAGAGGAAGAAGAAACGAAAAAAAUAGAAGUGUAAAGAAAGAAAUAAAGAGAGAGAGAGAGAGAGAGAGAGAGAGAGAGAGAGAGAGAAAGAGAGAGAGACUACGAGUUUACACACUCUCAAAGAAAAAUAUAAAAAUUCUUAACCAGAAUGAAGGGUUUGACUUUGUUAUUUUUGAUUCUGACGACUGUGGCAACGAUAACAAAGGUAGGAUGGUGUCACGAGCCCUUUCAAGUGAUAUUCCAAUGGAAUACGAUAGACGUGGUCUGGCCAUCCGAAGACAUGCGUCAAUUAGCCAUUCGAAAGGGCGAUUAUAUACCAGCGAACAAUUUGAUAGCAGGUAUUAAGUUUUGGAAAAAUAAAAUGUAUUUAACGAUACCAAGGUGGAAGGACGGUGUGCCCGUAACAUUGGGUGUUACGUCGGCGAUACCGAUCGAAAGAAAUACGGCACCGAAGUUGGAAGCUUUUCCUAAUUGGAAUAUGCAAAAGGUCGGGGAUUGUAAUGCCUUUCAAUUGGUUCAUAGUAUGGAGAUUGAUCCGAAAGGCCGAAUGUGGGUACUCGACACUGGAAGGCCCGCUGCCUUGACCGUGGACGUUAAGUCCGAGUGUAAGCCUCGCUUGGUUAUCCUCGACCUUGAGAAAAAGGGUGAAAUACUUCGUAGUUACGAGUUCCCAGAAGAUGUUGCCCCUCGUAACACGGCCUACCUCAACGAUAUAGUUUUAGAUCAUGAGGAUGGCGGUAUGGCUUAUAUAACCGAUAAUGGUAACGUCGAUCCUGGUAUUAUUGUUUAUUCUUUAAUGAAUAAUACAUCUUGGAAGAUCAGACACGAAUCGAUGAAGGCUAAAGCCGAGGCCGUAGGAUUCAUGGUUGCAAAAACUCAUGUAAUAUUACCGAUUCACGUAGAUGGGAUAGCACUUUCACCGGCAAGCAGCAAGGAUAGACAGGUCUAUUAUUCUCCCAUAUCCUCCUUUCAUCUUUAUUCCUUACCUACUUCCGUUUUAAAAAAUAAUACGAAGAACGUAGAUCGAUUUGUCAAAGAACUUGGCCGAAAGAACUCCCAAACCGAUGGUAUGGCAAUGUCCGCCACCGGUGUACUUUAUUUCGGUCUUCUCGCCGAUGACGCCGUCUCUACCUGGGAUACCAAACAAUCGAAUUCUUUCACAACCGGUCAAAGGAUCAUAUCAAGGGAUCACAUUCACAUGCAAUGGCCCGAUACGUUUGCUUUUGACGAGGACGGUAACUUUUAUUGCGUUACCAAUUCAUUUCAAAACUUUAUCAACAAUCGCGUAGACAUAGACGUGCCCAAUUAUCGUGUUAUAAAAACACGUGCAAUGUCCAAGAGUUAUCAAUAUUUCGAAGAUGGUUCGAUACCAAUACUACCGGAUAUUACUUCUGGCGUCGGUAGAAUUUCCUACUUUCUACCAUCGUUAUUAUUACCUUUUUUCCUUCUUCAUCUUCUUAAGUAAUUUUACGUCCAUCCAUCCAUUCAUUCAUUCAUUCAUCCAUCCAUCCAUCCAUCCAUCCAUCCAUACAUACAUCCAUUCAUACAUUAGUUAAUCCAUUUGUUCAUUCAUCUUUCUUCAAUUCAUCCUAAAAUCCAUGCGUUCGAACGUAUAUAUAUAUAUAUAUACAUAUAUAUAUAUAUAUAUAUAUUCUUGGUCGAUUAUUCGACCGUCAACGACAUUUCGAAGCUCGGAUGAUCUCUUACGGUACUUUUUUCAAGCAUUAAAGAAUUAAUUGAGGAUGGGUUUUAAUGCCAAUGGAAACAAAUAUCUUGACCUAUAUACGAUGUAUAUACAUGCAUACAUAUAUAUGUACCUAUUAACGAAGGAGAUUUCGUUUGAGCUACAAUCAUCGAUUUUACAUAUGAAACAAAAAUACAGAUAACGGAGGGGAAUAUAUAGAAUGGACAAAAAAAGAAAAAAAGAAAAAAAAAAAAUAAAAGAAAAAGAAAAAGAAGAAAAAAAGGGAAGAACAAAAAUUUCAAUCCAAAUCGUGCGAAUAUUCGACUUCUUCUUUUUAUCUUUUCAAUAUAAUGUAUCAUAUCAAUUUAAUAUCAAUAUAAUGUAUCAUAUCAAUUUAAUUCUCUAUGCAUAAAUGCUAUGUCGUAAGAUCUAUGCUAGAUCAGGUUAGUAGAGAUUUGCGAGAAUAAUAAAUAUUUGAAUGUUGACAUUCCAAAAAAAAAGAAAAAGAAUAUAAUCUCCCUGUCAACCAAUUGAAAUUUGCGAUAUGAGCAAUAAAUGAACUAUCUCACUAGGAAUCAGCAUUUUUCGUUUGUCUCGAGACUAACGACAUAGCAAGAGUCGCGACGCUUUUUCUCUUAAUAUUUUAAUCUCUUUUUUUAUAAUUGUCGAAAGGAAAAAAAGGAAAAAAAACGAGUAAAAUAAAUAAAUAAAUAAAAAAAAAAGAGAGAAAAAGAAAAGAAAAGAAAAAAUACAUAGUAACAAAGAGCAGGUGUAAAAUGCCAUUAACGGAAACCUGAAAUCUCUACGAAAUUACAUUUUUAUAUAUGACAAUAUCAAAAUGAAGAAAAGAACAAACGAAAGUUAAAAAAAGUUUAAAAACGAAAAGACACGAAUGAUGACAACGAACGCACGACCUCGUUUCACGCGUAAACUUUGACUAGAGGUUCGAGAUUAGAGAGAAACGGCAACGUUACGCGAUCGUCUAACGACAGAGGGAAAAAAGGGAAGAAAGAUAGAGAGAUAAAGAGAGAGAGAGAAAGAAA